GCUCUCGCUGCUCGCGUCACCACACCAUCCACGCCCCGUCUUCAUCAUACUAUACACCAGCAGUAUAAUCUGAGUCGCCGCCCAGCGCUAGGAGGCCUCUUUAGUUUGUGUAUACUGGACAGGGUGGCCAGCUGGGGCAUACUGUGGCAUACAACAUUCCUACUGGCUGUCUUGAAGAGCAUCACCUCCGCCCUUUCUGAGCACUUCGCCUCUCACCACCACCACCGCAAGCACUCACCUAUACUAGUCUACCUGUACUGGAUGAAGAGUCCUUCCCCAUGCCUCUUCUGCACGCUGGCCUCGCUCUGUAGUGACGGCAGGGAUCGUCCAGGCGCCGCGUGGCCCGCCCUGCAGACUGUUGUGUCGCGGCGGUGGGCGGAGUAAGGCGCCGACAACCGGGUUUAGGCAAGGAGAGGGACUGAGUGGCAGGUGAGAGGGGUGAGGUGCGCCCGUCCACGCAGCGUCGCCGCCACCGUCACCUCGCAUCAGCAAAGACAAACUUCCCCUGAGUGAAGGCGACCCGUGUGUCCCCGGAGACCAAGGCGGCCCGCGGUGUGUGCUGCCUUAAUAAUAACAUCCCCUAAUGAACCUGACUCGGCCUGUCGCGUGGUGAAAGCGCGCGUCUCCUGGGAAACUACAAAGUCUGUCAACACUUUUGUUAAACGGGAAAUAUGGCGGAAAGGAGGAUGUUGCCCUUGCAGUGUCACCUGGAAGUAAUCAGACCUGACGUGAGGUAAACCAAGACUAGGUAGGGGCACGGGAGGGAAAUAGAAAAGACCAGAACAAGAGCGUAGGGACAGCCUCAGGAGGGGUUUGGCCGUUUCUGCUUGGUCUUGGGGGUGAGGAAAUGAGGCGGAAGGCGAGGCAGUAGGUCGGUGUCGAGCUACCUCCGCACAGCACAGUGGCUCACCGCUGGCGUGGGCUGGCCUUGGCGGUGCGUCGAGGAGCUGCGGCGAGAGUGCUAAAGGUGCAGUAGCGUGGCAGUGCGUGCGUAGUGUUGAGACGCCGCGUGGACCUGAAGCAGUGGUGACGGCCUGCCACUCCUCGGAACACCGGGACCUGAUAAGUCAUGUCCGUGUUUUGGAAGGAGUGAGUCGUGUGACGUGACAGAUACAACUCUCACUAUAAGGAGUGUCGUAGAGUGACGCGUCAUGGCGGCGGUGAACGUGACAGCGAACACUCUCUCGCUGGCGGGGGUCGGGCCAGGCGGCAGCAGCGGAGACGACGUCUUGGAAACGACUAACAGCACCACCUGGCACGGGAACGACACCGAGUUUGAUCUCUUGGCUAACUCCAGCGGCUCCAGCGUCGGCCCCGUGCCCUACCAUCAGCGGCUGGAGACCUACCUGGUGCCCUUCCUCUUCGCCCUCAUCUUCAUCGUCGGCGUCAUAGGUAACGGCGCCCUCAUCGUCAUCUUCGCCCUCAACAAAGGCCUCCGGAAGGUGCCCAACACGUACCUCAUCUCGCUGGCCCUCGGUGACCUUCUGGUGCUGUUCUUCACGGUGCCCUUCGUCUCCACCAUCUACACCAUCGAGUACUGGCCCUACGGAACCUUCGAGUGCAAGUUCAGCGAGUUCGUGAAGGACGUGUCAGUCGGCGUCACCGUCUUCACCCUCACGGCUCUCUCCGCCGACCGCUACCGCGCCAUCGUCUCCCCCAUCAGGAAGGCGGUGAGCGGCCCCGCGCGAAGCGUUACGCUGAGGGUCACGGCGGCCAUCUGGGUGGUGUCGCUGCUGCUGGCCGCGCCCGCCGCCGUCUUCACCCAUGUCAGGACCUUCGGCAGCGAGGGCGAGAUGAACCUGACGGUUUGUUACCCUUUCCCGGACGUGCCCGACUGGUACAGCAAGGCCAACGUGCUCGCCAAGUCCCUCGUAUACUACCUGCUGCCGCUCAUCGUCAUCGCCACCUUCUACCUGCUGAUGGCGCGCCACCUACUCACGCCGGAGGUGGUCGGCGACGCGCAGGUGUUCCAUCGGCAGAUUCGCACGCGGCGCAAGGUGGCCAAAGUGGUGCUGUGCUUCAUCGUCAUCUUCGCCGUCUGCUUCCUGCCCACGCACGUUUUCAUGCUGUGGUACUACUUCGACUGGGGCGGUGACUACAACGCCUUCUGGCACACCGUGCGCAUCGUCGGCUUCUGCCUCAGCUUCAUCAACUCGUGCAUCAAUCCCAUCGCCCUCUACUGCAUCUCCGGCACCUUCAGGAAGCAGUACAACCGCUACCUUUUCUGCUGCUGCUGCUGGGUGCGCAGAGAUCGCGCCGAGAUGCACUCCAUCCGCUCGGGCGUCUCCCACUACCGCUCCUCCACUCUGCGGCCCCUCGAGACCAUCACCCUCACGACACUGCUGCAGGAGCGCUCGUGUCCCAACGCCUUCUGACGCAAGACGAUCGCCUGUCGUUCCCGCUGCCUGCAGGAAGCGUACCCCCUCAGCCCGCAGGAGGACACGCUGAGGGAGGAGGACAGUCCCGUGAAGAGUAACGGCGUCUCCGUGUAUGAGUCCGUCCACCUGUAGCGCUGGGCGGGUGGGGGCGCGGGAGCGGGGAGGACAGGGGGCGCAGGUGCUGUGUCGGCGGUGUAGACUUUGAGGUCGAUAUUCUCAGACGCUUCCGCCGAUAAGUGGAUCAGUCUGGGUCUAAUGAGUGUUGUCUGAGGUUCAUGGCACAGGAAAAGGGGUCAAAUUGCCACUUGGGUCAUAAAACUAUACCUAUGGAAAUAUCCAGAAAUCCUACGAAAGCCAUGUCAAAUGUGUGUCGUUCGGUGCCGUGUGUCGUGUUGUGUAUAGCGCUGUCCAAGUGUAGCUGCCCUGCUGAGAGAGAGAGAGAGAGAGAGAGAGAGAGAGAGAGAGAGAGAGAGAGAGAGAGAGAGAGAGAGAGAGCGAGAGAAGACAUGUGGCUAUUUCUGAACACUACAUAACAGCAGCGGGGGGUGGAUGUCGCAGUCCCUCCUGCCGAGAAAGGUCAACGCCACACGAUCCGCAGCCUUCAAUUUGUAUCACAGCAAGGACAGCUGAAGGCGGCAAAGACUCCCACUUACCCAGGUUAUGCUGCGGCGCUCAUCCCUCGCUCGUUGACUUGAGAUGAGUGUGGUGUAAGCGCCUCUUAACCCGGGCAGAGCAAGAUGUCCGUGUUGUCGCGUCACCUUACCUCCCCUAAGUGUCCUCAAGUGCAUCUAUGUUUUCCGAAGAGACGCAGAGUAGAUGUAAUGAUGGACUUUUCUUUUGCCCCGCUGCCCUGACCCCAGCAAGGAUUAGCAGCUUUAGACGCGUGAUCACCUGACCUCUUCACCGUGGACUGAGUGAAUAGUGAAGGCGGGUGAGAGAGUGGGUAGAAAGAAGCACUCAGAAUCCUUCCCAGUACUGCCGCCAUUAGGAGCCACACCUGUGUUGCUCUGGUUUCGGUAUCCACAUUCACUGGUAAAUAAGCGACCUGUGAAUGGUUCAGGUACGAGAGUUUUGACCUAAGGAGUGUGUAGGUGGUUGUGGGAAGUGGCGUUGGUAAUUGUGGUGGUGGUGGCAGUGGUGAAGGUGGUGGAGGUGAUGGUGGUGGCGGCAUAUCCCUCACGUUCCCUCAUCUCCUCCUCUCCCUUUCCAAGACCGGUGUUAGGAGGAGGUUGAUGGAUUGAUGAGGAAGAGGAGUGAAGGGAGUAAUAACAUGCCCGACACCAGUGUUAUUCAUUAAUCUAUUUUUUUUUUCAUUCAUUCAUUUCCUUAUUUAUUUUUACCAGUGAAGUGUUUCCGGUGUGAAAAAUGUGUGGUAACGACGAUACAAGUGGGGAUGUAUUUGUAGAUUUUGUUGUUGUGUGUUGUAAUCAUCAUAAGGGUCGAGGAGAAAGCCCUUUUGUGUACAGCGUCAUGUAGCACAACAAAGGCAGGCGGAAUCUAAUCUCCUCUCAGUAUACUGGAAAAGGUUUUGAUGGCAUUACCUUUCCCGUUCUUUGUACAAAUCUUUUUCUGGCAUUAUCCGUUUUCAGGAGGAUCAGUAAACCUGUAUUUUCCGCAGAAGAUUAAAUAAACAGAGUGUAUUUCGACACAAUAUGAAUGUUAUAUUAAAAUUCUGUGGCCUGACUGGGACAUGUCAGCUUACUCGUGGACUGGAUGUGAGGGACAGAGCGGAGUUGUAUUGAGUUAUGAGUACUGGAGUGUGAGUGAGUGGCCUUCAGAGUGCGAUUUCAUGCUCCCUUCACUUUUCUGCAAUAUCACGCUUCGCCUCCACUACUUGAAAGAAAAUCCGAAAUGCUUUAGAAGUUGUUGAGUAGCAAGACGUUGCUGACGUAAGAGAACACUUUUCUUGAACUCCUUUUCCUCCUCCUCGUCCUUCUCCCACUACUACUACUACUACUACUUCUGCUACUACUACUUCUAUUGCUACUACUACUACUACUACUGCUACUACUACUACUACUACUACUACUACUACUACUACUGAGGCUCGUACAAACCCAUCAAGUCAAUCCUUGUGUGUCACUAUUCUGGAUCCAAAGUCAAUUAAAGGUACCGAAAUAUCACUCAUUAUAUCAAUAGUAAUAGACAAUCACAUCGAGUCUUGGAAGAGAGGAUUAUCAAGACACCUCAAGACCUGAAGCAAGUUAUAUUCCUCCAUCUUUUUCCGCAUCUUAUUUCUCGUUAUCUUCGGAACAUCGCAUUGCAGGUUUUAUUUUAUAUACAUUGUUUUGGCGUUGGUCUGUCGUUUACCGUAAAAUAAAAGUCUCCAAACCUCAGUAACUUAAAAGAAAGAUACCAGAUGCUUCCCUUUUUUUGUUGCAGUUGAGAUACGAGAAGAAUAACAGAUUGAGCGCCAGGGAUACAAACUUUGGCAGAAAAGAUAGCAUUUUGAAUAGGAAGUUUGAAAGAGAGCAACGAUAAGAAAAUACUACACACACACACACAGGAACAGCGAGGAAAACAAAAAAGAAAGAGCGUUAUGAGAUGAUGGAUGGGCCCGUUGCAAACACAUCACCCGAAAACAUCAUCAUCAUCGGCGGGGGAGAGCGCAACUGAUCAGUCAACAUGGCGCGGGAUAUGUUUACAGAGUGAGCACGGCGGUAAUAAACGUGUGUUCCGAGCCCUGCGGGGAAGCCUGUGUGUCCUGCGGUGGUGUGCGGCUAACAGGAGACACAGGAGGUCGUAGUGGUUGUGUGAGGACCGCUGAUGACGCGUGUGUGUGCGGUAAUAGCUAGAUAAAGACGAGGAAACACAACCCCAGCAAUACAAGACUUCAGGUUUAACUCACUUUUCUUAGUUUUUAUGCGUGUUUUAACGGCUCUGUGUGGGUUUAAGUGGGUCUCAAGGGUUUAAUGGCGCUAUAAUAAGAGUUUGGUGUGGUUUAGAUAAGCGUGUAAAGUCAUAAGUGAGGUAAUAACGAGAUAAGUGAAGGAACGACCCACCUUGCCCGGCCCGCCCCGCCAGAAGUAAGCACCCACCACACUCCACCCCGUAAGUAAGUCCUUCAGUUCUUUAUGUACUGUACGUGGUGGCCUUCCCCUACUAGCACUGGAGCGUUUGUUAUAUAGCUAUGGAAGAGAGGAAAGGGGUGAGAGGGGUCGAGUGAUUUGCGAGAGAAACGGUUAGCAGAUUCAAAACGCACCAAACCUUGCCAGAAUGAUUAGUUUCGUCCUUAAAACCAGAGGAUGGCUUAUGCAGAAAUUUUUACUCCCUUCUGUUGCUGUCCAUAAGUACUCGUGCUUUUACCAACUUUUUCUUGCCAACUCAGUACACUAACUAACUACAAAUUAAGUCCUUCACCAACUCCGUAAACUAACUGCCACCAUUUGCGUAGCUACUCACAUGGCUUCGUUUCAUCAGGUAA